AUGAUUCCGGAAAGAUAUGAUGAAAAACAACCCUCAAGAGAGAAGGUAUGCUUUAACUGCUUGACCAAAGAGACUCCCCUUUGGCGAAGGUCAAAAAAAGGUGUAAAUCUUUGCAAUGCCUGUGGAUUAUAUUACAGGAACCAUGGGGAACAUAGGCCUAUUAACAAAAAGAUGGCUUAUCAAAAUCAAAAGAGUCUAGAUAAGUCUAAAUCCAAGUUUGCCUUCCUGGAAAAUAUUGCCAUAUCAGCAUUGGCUGAAUUAAAAUCAAAAGCUAAAAUGGAGUCCAGAUAUAGGUCAGAUGAGAAUAUGAAGGAACGAUUUGAUGAUUCUCAGCUGUUUAAUAAAAAAUAUAAGGAUCGAAUGGAAAAUACAAACAGAUUCCCACAUAUGAGAAGAGGCGGCAUGAUUGUUAGUAAUGUAAGACCGAGCAUACCGAAUUUUGCAGAGUAUGAUCAAGCAGAUCCCAGAACCUUUAAGGCAUUGGAAAGAUGCGGAAGAGCCUCAGAGUUUUAUCCGGCACAUAAGACCAUUCACAGAAUGCCAGAAUACAUUCAAAAUAUAUUUACUGGCCAAGCCAGCAAUCAAAAGGCCGCCAACACAGUACCUACGGAUAGAGACACAUACUUGAACCAGAAUAGAACGAGACAACCAAGCUGCAUAGCCAGUGAAGAAGGCUUUUUGGAGUCUAAUAUAGUGAAUAAGAAGACAACAGUGCAGUCCAAGAGUAAAGAAUACAGCAAUGAAAGCGAACCGAAGGAUGUGGGAGAUGCGGUUGAUAAACUUGCCGCACUUUCGGACCAGUAA